UUGACCUUGAUCACCAUCUCAUAUCUGAAGACCUCCGACAUGCCUAAGAAGAAGAUCCUCGUCCUUGGAAGCGGCCUUGUCGCCAAGCCUUGCAUUGACUAUCUCUUGCGCGACGAGAAGAACAAGCUCACAAUCGCUUGCCGAACCCUGGCUACAGCUGAGAGCCUAGCCGCAGGUCAUCCAAGAGCCAAGGCCAUCUCCCUCGAUGUGUCUUCUCCCGACCUAGACGCCAACGUAGCAGCACACGACGUCGUCCUCUCCCUCGUACCCUUCGUCCACCACCCGACUGUCAUCAAGGCAGGUAUCCGCGGAAAGACCAACGUCGUGACCACCAGCUACGUCUCGCCCGCUAUUCGAGACCUGGAGGACGAGAUCAAGGCCGCUGGUAUCACGGUCUUGAACGAAGUCGGCGUCGAUCCCGGCGUGGACCAUCUCUACGCUAUCAAGACGAUCGAUGAAGUCCACGCGAAGGGAGGACAGAUCAAGGAGUUCUACUCCUACUGCGGCGGUCUUCCCGCCCCUGAGUGCGCGGAUAACCCUCUGAAGUUCAAGUUCUCCUGGUCCCCACGCGGCGCCCUGCUCUCACAAUUCAAUUCGGCCUCUUUCCUGCAAAAUGGAAAGGUAGUUGACAUCCCGAACGAGAACCUCAUGGCGCAGGCGAAGCCGUAUCACGUUGUGGAUGGGUACUCUUUCGUGGCGUACCCGAACCGCAACUCCGUUCCCUUCCGAGAGUUUUACAACAUCCCCGAGGCAGAGACGGUUGUUCGCGGGUCGCUGAGAUAUGACGGUAAUCCUGCUUUCGUGCGGGCGCUGAUCAAUAUGGGCUGGUUGGAUACGCAGCCCAAGACAUGGUUGGAUGGCUCGAGCGAGGGUCUGACGCUCAGAGAGGUGCUCCUCCGGUGUAUUGACGCCGAAAGGAACGACGAGGCAACUCUGAUUGCGAGGAUCAACGAGUUGUGUGAGUUCUCGGACGAAAGCGAGAGCGAUAGAAUUAUCUCUGGCUUGAGAUGGAUCGGGUUAUUCUCUGACAAGCCUGCUACCCUCCGCGGCAACUUGCUCGACACUCUCUGCGCCGAGCUUGAGAAGCUCAUGAGCUUCCAGCCCGGCGAGAGGGACUUGGUAAUGCUCCAGCACAAGUUCGUCGUUGAGUGGAAGGAUGGUAGAAAGGAAACAAUCACUUCCACACUCGAGCUUCUUGGAGAUCCUAAUGGGUACUCCGGCAUGGCCAAGUCGGUGGGCGUGACUUGCGGCAUCGCAACUCAACUUCUCCUUGAUGGCGAGCCUGCUCUCAACGUCCCCGGGGUAUUGGCCCCUUACAAGGCGGCCAUUUGCGACCCAAUUCGUAAGAAUCUUGAAGAUGAGGGCAUCAAGUUGAUUGAGAAGACACUUUGA